AUGAGUACAGCUAAUUUUGAUUUAAUACAUUCUUUUUCAAAGAAUUUGAUAAGUUAACCAUAGAUUAUUGUAGAAAAUGAGGAUGAUAAGGUCUCAAAAUAAGCUCUUUCUAUGAUUAAAUAAUUGCAUGAUAAUUUGAUUAAUCAAAGUAAAAAAUUUAAAAUAAAAAAUGAAAAUCUCGUAGUUAAAAAUAUGAAUGAAGAAUAAAUAUGGGAACAAAUAAAUAUUCAUUUAGAUACCCUUGAUAAGGCAUUCGAAAAAUACAUUAAUACUCUUCCUGAAGAGAAAGAAUCUUAGUAAUCUGAUGAUGAAAUUGAUGAUAGUAUAGAUAUGGAUCUUGAAAAAUCAAAAUCAAAAUCAAAGUCUUUGAAAAAAUAAAAAAAAUAAUUAGAAGACUCAGAUAAUGAUGAUGAUGAUGACGAUGAAGAAGAUGAUGGCAAUCUUCAUUUAGAAUCAGAGUAUGAAGAUGAUGAAAGCGAAUAGGAAUAAGGAUAAAAAUAAAAAAAUUAAAAAUCACUCAAAAAAUAAAAGGAUCAAUAAGUAGAAGAUGAAGAUGAAGAUGCUGAAGAUGAUGAAGAAGAAGAUGAUGAUGAUGAUAUUGAUGCAGACAUUGAUGCAAAAGAUUUCUUUGAUAAUGGUGAUGAAAAAGAUGAAAAAGAUGAAAAAGACUAUGAAGAGUAGUUAGAUUUUAAAGAAAUGGAAGCUUUCUUAGAUAAGUAAGAUGCUGAAGACAUUGAGAGAGAUAGUGAAGUUGAAGAAGAGUUAGGAAGUGAUUAUGAAUUAGAUGAUGGCGAUUCAAUGAUGGGAGAAGGCGAAAACGGAUUUAAAUUUAAGGGAAAAGACGAUUAUGAUGAAAUGGAAGAAGAAGAAGGUGAGGGUGAUAAUGAAGAAAAUGAAAAACUCCGUGAAUAGGAUUAUGAUGCAGAAGAUGAAAUUUUUGAUUUAGAAAGAGAGCAUGAAAUAAAUUAAGAAAAUAAAAAAGAUGAGGAUAUGGAAAAGUUAAGGAAUGAUGAUGAAAUUGAUAGAUUAGAAAAAAGACUAAUUGAUGAAAAAGUAUGGCUUCUUAAGGGUGAAGCUAAUGCUAAGCAUAGACCUGUUAAUAGUUUAUUAGACUAAGAAGUUGAUUUUAGAAAAAAUAUUAAAGUUACUUAAGAAAUAGAUGAAAAAUAUAAUAAGAAUUUAGAAGCUAUUAUUAAAUAGCGUAUUCUAGAUGAAGCAUAUGAUGAUAGAUAAAAAAUUAACAUAGAAUAAAAUUUCAAGGAAACUUUUAAUAGUUUUGCAGAAAUAUCUAAAGAAUAAAGUAAGUUAGGUUUAGGAGAACUUUAUGAACAAGAUUUUAAGAACAGCUUAGGACUUCCUUCCAACAAUAAAGAAGAUAAGCUUAAAUUAGAAAUACAUAAUCUUUUUAAGGAAGUUUGCUACAAGUUGGAUGCAUUAUCUAACUUGAGCUUUACACCUAAACCUAUUAUGCAAUAAGCUUAAAUAACUACUAAUGUACCCUCUUUAAAACAUGAAGAGAGAAUACCAAUUAGUGUUUCUUAAGCAGACACUUAACGUCCUGAAGAAGUAUUUGAUAAAAAGAAACAAGUUACUCACUAAAGUAAGGUAGAGAUGACACACGAAGAAAAGCAAACAGAAAGAAGAUAAAAGAAAUCUGCUCAAAGAUAGAGAAAUAAAGAAAAGGAAAAGAAAAACCUAAUUAAAAACUUAUAAUAUAAGGGAUAAACUAAAUUUGAGUAUAACUAAUCUCAAAAAGCCAAAGCAAAUGCCAAGAAAUUGGUAGAAAAUAAAAGAUAAAAGAGUGUAGAAUUUACCAAAUCAAGCGAAUUCUUUAGGAACAUGCAAAAUAACUAAUAGUUAGAAGCUUCUGGUAAAAAUAAUUAGGCUGGAAAUAAAACUAAAUCUAUUAAAAAAAAAUCCAAAUGA